UGAUGAUACCCAGCAUGGUCGUGCGGUGCCGCGGGAUGGCGCUGCUUGGCCAGCGGACUUUUGGAACAGUUUAUGCAGAGCAGCUUCAACUCAAAGAGAUCAAAAGUCCAGAGUUCUACGACCUGCACGCGCACGAUCGAAACUACUUUUACCACGUUGACUUGCAGGGCCAACUGUUCCUCGAGGACACCGUGCCCAAGAACAUCGCGACGUCGCUGAAGAGCCGCAAGUUUCUCAGGUUCUUCUUUGGCCAGCUGCGACCAAACCCGCACCAUGCCAACACCCAGUCCCUCUUCCACGACUACCCGUACAUUUCUCCAUGUGGAUCCGAGAUGAACUACAUCAAAGCUGCGGACACCCCCGUCGUCUUUACAGAACUCAAGCAGCCUGAUUGUGACGAUGGGACGUGGACCCUGGUCACGAAUGCAGGCCACGAGGUCGAGUUCCAUCCGUCGAACGUGGCCAUGUCGCCCGCCACAAACCGACUGUACCACUGGAUUCAGACAAAGCACUUGUCGCUGUUUGGCUUGCUCAAGUCGCAUGUGGCUGUGGAAGUGAGCCAGUUCAUCGACUUCCACGACGACGGCCACCACGUGCUGACGUGGCACGACCAAGCGUACCCGUUAUCUCAAGACACGACCCAUCCUCCCCCAUCCGCCCGACCUUCAUAACAAGACUCUCACGACACACAGUUGUUUGCAUCAUCAUUCAGUUUAUGGCGCUAGCUACGUCGUGGCUUUGCUUGUCGAUGAUUCGAAACGCUUCAAAGAACUUGUUGAUGCUAAUGGAUCGCGUGCCGUCACUACGUACAGUACAUGAACGCGUUAGAAGUCGCAGUACUAAUAGUAGUACUACA